AUGGCAUUUCAGUGUUUGAUUUGCGUCAGCUCUCUUCUCUUCGCUGCCCAGGCGGGUCCAAUUCCUUUCCAAUGUUUGAAUGAAAAGUUUGGAAUAAAAUUGCCCACCUGGGCUCUGCAGUCCAACGACUCCAAACAGGAUGUGGGCGUCACAAAGGCCGCGUAUAAGACCUUAAUUAACAUGGGCUCCCUAAUGGAGAAUGACGGCAUUCCGCAGUACUGGGAUUCUGUAAAGCUGGAGAAUUUUGAGAACAUCGUUCAUCGACAAGUCAGUGAAAACAUAUGCAAUUUGGGCCUUUCAGUACAAGAAGAUGAAGACGGUUUUGCUCAGAGAGACGCUGCACUCACACACUAUUUUCAGAGACUGGCAGCAAUUUUGAAAGAGAAGGAGUUCAGUGAUUGUGCAUGGGAAAGGGUACGACAUGAGCUUCUGCGUGUUCUGCAGGUCAUUUUGUUGGAGAACAAAAUAUAG